CGGUGAUUGGCAACGACUUCGGUUUCGUGUUCUCCGUCGGUCAAAGCCCUGGCAUCGGCAUAGCGCAACGUGCCAUGAAGCUCACACCACUUGCUUUUCUUGCCACUUCAUUCUUGGCCGCGCUCUCGGCCGCCGAGACGGAGUGCGACCUCAACAAGCUCGUGACGUCGUUUGGCAGUGUCCUCGGCGCCGCGAUGGCGUGUCAGAACGCGAGCAGCUACACCUUUUUGCCACCGACAAAGGAGCCCACCGCCGCCAACAUUGAAGCCAUUUGCGCGUCGCCCGCGUGCAUCCCACUGCUCCCAGCGCUCUCGUCCAUCCCCAACUGCUCGGUGGGCGCCAUCAACAUUGGCGCGUUCGCCGCCGCGGUCAACGCAAGCUGUGGCAACAAAACGGCAGCGCCCACGACGGCACCGCCCGCCGCGACGCCGAAACCCACUUCGCACACGUCGACGACGCGCUUGAAUCAUGUUCUUGGCGGCGCUGUCGUCGCCACCGUGCUUGCCUUGAGUUAACGGGAUCCGUAAUACAUCUACCACGAGAAGAAUUUUGCAGAUCA